UGGAGAAACUCUUCAGCGGCCGGUCAGACAUUUCAAGGUUGGUGAAAAAAUGCCAGAGGGGGAAGAACGGGCGAAACUAGCCGAAGUCAUCAGACAGUGGAACAACAACAGACUGGACUUGUUUGGAAUAAGUCAACCUGAUGAGCACUUGGAGUUUCAUGGCGUGCAGCGCUUCUACUUUGAGGACCGCGGCGGAGGAAACGUGGCCACCAAGUGCCUUCGUGUCUGCAGCGACUCUUCAACUCGCCACGUCAUCGAAGCUCUGGCCGAGAAGUUCAGGCCUGACACGAAGACGCUGACGACCGGCUAUUCCCUGUACGAGAUCCACGGCAAUAAAGAACGUAAACUGGACCUGGACGAGAGGCCUUUGGUCGUGCAGUUAAACUGGACCGCGGACAACGGAGAAGGACGCUUUGUGCUCAAGGAAGACGAGGAGCGUCUGGAGGAAAAGGGCGGCCUGAUCCGAAGCUUCAAGAGGACGCUGUCGAGGAAAGAGAAAAACAAAGAGAAGCACAAAAAUGGGUCAACGGAAAAGCAACUGAACAACAACAACAACGGCGUCUGUGUGUCCAGCCAUGAGAAAGAAAAGAGCUGCGCGGGAAACAAAAAGCAACAGAGGCCGGCGGGAGGAAAACACACGGGAGAUCUUUACCCCGAUUUUUCCGAUCAACCCGGAUUACCAAUCGGGAUUGAAUUCUGUGACAGCUCGGAGGCCGCCUUCCUAUCCGCGGUCGUGCUCGACGCCAACAGCUCCACCGUUCACUUCCAGCUCUCGCCCGCCUACGUCCUCGACGCCGCGGGACGCUUCGCUCUGCGACGCCAUCGCCGGCGAAGCUCGCCGCUCCACGGUCACGGCGUCACUUUGACCGCGAGCAAAAUGGUGGCCGCGACCUCGAAGGUCAUCCAGGCAAGAGCGAGAACCCUUCCUCGCUCGUCUCACACGUGACGGAGGAAGCCGACACGCUCGCUCUGUGAAGUGACACUGAAGCUGGAGCAUUUGGCCCCGUGCAGAGACAGCAGGCCGGCGCCGGGGCUCUCGCCUUCUGGAUGGCCAACGCCUCCGAGCUGCUGAACUUCCUCAAGCGCGACAAAGACCUCGGCGCGCUCACGCGGCAAAGUCAGCUGGAUCUGUCCCACCUGGUGCACAGAGCGCACAGGUACCGACGGCGGAGGGACAGACGGAGCCGCUGCCGUGCACUGCUUCGCCCGCUGACCCGGAGAUCUAGAGUCAGGCAUCGUCCAUCUUAGAAACACGACAAAUCAAAUCUAAUAAUUGUGUUUUAUGCAGUUGCAACCCUGAACUAAAUCCCAACCACACAGAACACACAAGAACUUCAACACUGUGUCACUUCCACAUGCAUUUAUUCUUCCUUCUUAAUCUGUAAAUAUUGUCUGUAGACAAUGUGUUAUCUAACAAUUCACUUACUUGUAUAAAAACACAUCUUCUCAGACUAUAGCUUGAAUA